CACUCUCAAAUCUCAAACAAACAAAGUCCAGAUCUCAAUAACAAUGGAAUCCGGAAAGACAGGCAAGGGUGCCGGAGGUAGGAAAGGCGCCGGCGAGAGGAAGAAGUCGGUCACCAAGUCCAUCAAGGCUGGCCUUCAGUUUCCUGUCGGUAGGAUCGCUAGGUUUUUGAAGAAAGGCCGAUAUGCUCAGCGUACCGGCUCCGGUGCUCCGAUCUACUUAGCUGCUGUCCUUGAAUACCUAGCUGCUGAGGUUUUGGAGUUGGCUGGAAAUGCUGCUCGUGACAACAAGAAGACGCGGAUUAACCCUAGGCAUGUUCAAUUGGCUGUGAGAAACGAUGAAGAAUUAGGAAAAUUGUUGGCUGGUGUUACGAUUGCUAGUGGGGGUGUUCUGCCUAACAUCAAUCCGGUGUUGCUGCCGAAGAAAUCGUCAUCCGAGUCUGAGAAAACUACAAAAUCUCCUAAGAAAGCGUAAAAAUGGAUCCACAGAAUUAGAUUUGGUUUUUGGUAGAUUUAUGAAGGUUGUUGGAUGAACAUAGUAAAAAAUCUUGGUGUAUUUUGUUCCUAUUGAAUCUUUACCAACGAAUGAAUCACAUUUAUCAGUCUCA